AAGACAGAAAGUCCGUUGGAACCGUCUGCUGCUCCCUGGUCUCUGGAGAUGAGGCAGGAGGGCUUGGGGACAGCUGGGGACACGGCCCAGAUGAUCCGGUCCCAGCAGAAGUGACUGGCGGGGACCAGGAUGCUGGAGGGUCAGCUCGAGGCCGGGGAGCCCAAGGAGGGCACCCACCCAGAGGACCCGUGCCCGGGAGCUGGGGCUGCCAUGGAGAAGACAACUGCAGCAGCCGAGGUCCCCAGGCAGGACGGCAAUGCCAGGGAGAUGCCGUCAUUACAGCAGCAGAUCACCAGACUCCACCAAGAGCUCGGGAGACAGCAGUCGCUGUGGGCUGAUGUUCACAGAAAACUCCAGAGUCAUAUGGAUGCCUUGAGGAAGCAGAACCGGGAGCUCCGAGAAGAGCUGAGAGGUCUGCAGCGGCAGCAGUGGGAAGCCAGGAAGAAACCUGCAGCAUCCCCACACGCGGGGCGAGAAUCACACACUCUGCCAAUGAGUUUAAAGACAGAAAGAAUUAACUCGGGGAAAACACCACCACAGGAAGACAGAGAGAAAAGUCCUCCCGGGAGACGUCAAGACAGAAGUCCAGCACCCACUGGAAGGCCAACUCCCGGUGCAGAAAGACAGGAGGUGUCUGAAGACGGAAAGGUUAUGCAUCCAUCUUCCCGAAGUCCGCAAAACUCCAGUGGCAGAAAAUCACCAGUGCAGGCUUCCCAGGCCGCCACGCUGCAGAAGCAGACGGCAGCAGCUGGAGGAGCUGACAGAAGCUCAUCAGUCUUAGGGAGUUCUGAAGGCGGAUUUCUCAGCCGCGUUCAAGCUGACGAGUUCGCCAGUUCUUCCCCGGACAGUGCAGAGCUGCAGGUAGAACAGGCACUGAGCGAAGGUUGUGCCAUCACCACCUUCCCCGAGGCCAGCCAGAAGGAGCCGAGCAUGGAUAAGAAGACGACCAUCAUCCGGUUCUCUAAUGGUGACGUGAAGAAGAUCAAACCCGAUCGGAGAGUGAUUUACUAUCACGCAAAUGCUCAGACAAUGAGCACGACCUACCCUGACGGUUUGGAAGUUGUGCAGUUUCCUAACAAGCAGACAGAAAAAUUCUACCCCAAUGGCUCCAAAGAAAUCGUGUUUCCCGACGGGACGGUGAAACAUCUCAAGGAUGGACAGGAAGAGACCUUAUUUCCUGAUGGGACAAUCGUAAGGGUGGAAAGAGCCAGCUGUCAGCACAGGCUUCAGCCUGCAGGAACGGCGACAAAACCAUUGUGCUCAGCAACGGGCAGAAAGAAAUCCACACAGCCCAGUUCAAGAGGAGGGAGUACCCGGAUGGCACCGUCAAGACUGUGUAUUGCAGCGGCUGUCAGGAAACCAAGUAUGCCUCCGGGAGGGUUAAGAUCAAAGAUGAAGCUGGAAAUGUCGUCCUGGACGAGAAGCAGAUGAGCCCUCAACACGCAGCAUCACAUGGGAAAUGCCAAUUGCAGAUUUUUCCUAAAACAGACAAAAACUAAUAACAUAUUAGCUGCCCUAAAUGAUCUUGGAGAGCCACCAAAACUUUAGGACUACCCAAGUCAUCUAGAAAUUGCAAAGGAAAAGACAUUCUCUCCCCUAUUUAGGAAACUUGGUUAGAGCAGCACACGUCAGAGAACAGGAGGCUCACAAAAGAACGAUUUUCAGUGCCCCCAGCAAGGCUGCACCCUCUUUGAUCAUCACAGGGGCCAUUUCCGCCUUGUGAUGGACCCAGGAGGUCUCUGCAGAGCAAGUGCCCUUGGACCAGCUGAUUCACAAAGUGCUGAGCCCCUCUUCCCUGUGUGGCCCACCCCAGGCACGGCUCAUUCCUCCAGAAUUAUAGAAGCUCAUCCUGGCCUGUUCCCCUCUGGUCACCAACACCCCUGUCCUCGCUGGGACUAGAGGGAGACAAUUCUAGUCACUACAAGGACACCCAAGGGGCGUCCGAGUCAAGGCUCCAAUAGUGCAGUUAUCAUGGCCUCUCGCAGCCCGGGGAGCAUGUCGCCUCCUGAAACUCGAGAUUUCUUAAAUCCCAAUAUAAAAAUGAUAACCAGUUACUUAUUUCUUUUGUUGUUUUGCAGGCCACCUAGAAAUACAAAAUACCAAUUCACCUAAUUUUUAUACUGAAAUGUAGAUGCCCCCAACAUGUUUUGGAAAGAGAUAAUUUCUUGAAAAUCUUAUCAGAAGAUGCAUAGUUAAUUUUUUUCCGUUAUGUACUCAUGUUUUUAUGAAAUACAAUACCAUAUUUUAGGGCCAGGGAUUAUUUUAACCUUAAAAUUGUGCAUGCGUCAUUGUAGUCCUCAAUAUUUGGUAAUGCUAUUUAAAGUGACUCAAGAAGCGUGUGCUAUCUGGCUUUGAAGGAAAAAAAAGGAAUUCUACUACAAUUACAGUGGAUGGAGGCCUUUUCUUUUCAGAUGAAUGCUAAAGCAAUGCAAGGUUGUUUGUCAGGCAUAACUGGCAAAACAAAUCCAUUAUUAAAAAGCUACUUUGCAUUUGGCUGAAAGAAUGGACUUGCCUAUUGCUUUGAUUGUUUUGAAUCAGCUUAUACUAAGAAUUGUCACUGAAGCAAACAAAAUGAUACACAGCUGUACUCAAAAAAUGCACUUCUCAUUAUCUGUGGGAGAUCGGGGAAGAAACAAACAUGCAAUUUUAUCAGGAAGCCGUGCUCAGGCAUCAGAUCACCUGCCUGACUGGAAGUUUUCAUUAAAUAUCAUCUGCAGUACACUCUCCAAUAGUGAUGGGUGUAAAAUCUGUCAUCCAAAUAGGAUUAAUUCAGUGUGCGCAUUCGGCGGGAAGCCCUUUGUGGAAUAUACAUUCUGUGAUAUUGGGAAUCAGUACAAGCUUAUUAAAACAACACUUCAUACUGA